AUGCAAAACGUAAUAAAUAAUCUACGCGAAGAAUUUGUGCAGAUGAAGAGUCAGCUGACAAUGGAAAAGAAUGCCAUCGGUCAGCUGGAAGAAGUCAUUAAGCAAGUCACCGAAGAGUUGCGGCAGUGCGAAGAGGCACAAAAAGAACUGCAGUUGAGUUGUGAGCAAGGAGUUGAUAGUGGUGGAAGUACGUGGAAUGCGCGAAUUGCAGGCGGAAGAAAGCAAAGUGUUGAAUUAAAAAAGGGUGGUUGA